AUGAAUGAGUCUGAUACUUAUUUGAGUAAAUUUGUAGCAGACUUGUGGAUAGACGGAAUGGACGUUGUGAGAAUUAUUUCGAGAGAUUGCACAAAAAAGUACAAAGGUUUCAAAGAAAUUAUUAAUAAUAAGGAAUAUUAUCCGAAGUUUGUAAGGUGUGUUAAGAGAAAGACGUUAGACGUUCUGGACCGCAGCUUGAGCCUCGACGUUGUACCCAUCGUAGAUGGAGUGAAUUUAGUGCGUUUUGAGCUUAUCGAUCAUUCGGGAAACAUCUUACGAGAGAAUGAGACAAGUUCGUGGACUGAAAGAGAGUUGGAAGAAGACGAAUGGAAAAAUCUUGCCCUAAAACGAUUAGCGAGAGUAUUUCGCACUCAUGUUAUAAAGUUCGACUUUGAAGAUGACAACAUUUAUGAUAAAGUUGAAUACAGAGGUCGACGUCGUCAUCACAUGAUGACCAUGAUGAUGUUUGGAGUCGUAUCCAUUGGAAUGGUCCUUAUACCUAUGGGCUUUCAAUUUCUUGCCGUGUUGGGAGGGAAGGCACUCCUCUUGGCCAAGAUGGCUCUCAUACUUGCAUCGAUACAAGGACUUAAAAAGAUUGCUGCAAGUCCGCUAAGCUACGGCUUCUACCAUUCCUACCCUCCUUUUGAUCAUCAUUUCGAUAAAAGAAGCCGUGACGAACACACGCCAUCAACAGCAUAUCUUGAGUCACAAUUUUUAAAGAAAAAACUCAAUCAAGCUGAUGAUACAGCUGAUUUAACAUUACCAGAAUCAGAUAAACCAUUUACAAAUAUUGGGAAAGAAAUGACAAAAAAUGAAGCGAUUAUUAAGGAAGAUUUAAGACAGUAUCCAAUUUACACAGGGCUCACAUUACCCGAUAAAUUAACUUCUAUAGAUUCACAACCAACAUUAGUUGACCUUACAACUAGACCGGGAGAAGUUCAAGUGGACUACUCGUUAGAUUUGCCCUUCAAUGGAUUUCGUUUUCAAAGUCCCACUCCUGUCGUUUCAGCUUGACGUAU